AUGUUCAUCAAGAGUAGCCCGUCGCCCAACGGUAAUUAUGAUGAGUUGGCCUUUGGCGGGCCCCUUAACUUCCGUGGCUACUAUCCUGGAUACUCGGUCGAUGCUACGGCCGCAAAAAACGCCUGGACCUGCGCUCUCCUGAAAGCGCAUCCACAUAACACAGCUGGGACUGUGAAGCUGGCGUCAGCCGACCCCCGAGACCCCCCCAAGAUCUCCUUUAACUAUUUCGACGCAGGUUCUGGUGACUAUGCAGCCGAUCUUGAGACAAUCACUGAGUCGAUCCGGAUCGCGCGCUGGGCACUCGGAAACCAGACCAACUGA